UAUAAUAAAUUUGCAUUUUUUGUUGUUGUUACAGGGACAAAGAAGAUGGAAUACAAAACUCGCCAGUGGCACGAGAAAUGCUUCAGCUGUGUAGUCUGCAAGACCCCGAUUGGCACGAAGAGCUUUAUCCCUCGCGAACAGGAGAUCUUUUGCGCCGGCUGCUAUGAAGAGAAAUUCGCAACUCGAUGUGUCAAGUGCACCAAGAUCAUCACAAGUGGAGGUGUGACAUACAAGAACGAGCCAUGGCAUAGGGAGUGUUUCGUGUGCACCCAUUGCAGCACCUCUUUAGCCGGACAACGGUUCACCUCCCGUGACGACAAGCCCUACUGUGCCGACU